CAUGCAGAGUCAGCAUGAAGGACAUUUCCUGCAUAUUUUAACUUCUUUCCUGCUUGUUUUAUAGUUCGUAAGCUUUAUUUUGUUGAACAUGUAUACUUAUAUGAUUUACAUGGUAUAGAUUAACAACAACAAAAAAAUACAUGUCUGAGCACAAGCCAUAUUGAUUACUCUCUGAUGAAAGUAGCUUUUUUUGGUAUAGAAGACUUACGAUUUCAUUAGGUUUCUUUCCAGGUUAUGGUAGUUGAAUGUUGGCAUGACUUGGACAAUACUGAAUAUGACUGCUGGCCAAUAACUGAUCCAAAUGAUUACAACAUGAUCAGCUGUGGAGGGUUAGAAAUGGCCUGGGUGCAGCGUCCUCCGGAGAAAGUCACAGAUGGGGAAGAGUUUAAUGUUACCUAUUCUGUCACAGCCUCAGAUUCCUUUUAUGAAUAUGCAGUCAAGAAUCACAUCUUACAUUUCAGUAAUGCUUCAGAGGCUAAAAGAUUUUGUUAUGAACAUGAAUGUCCCUCUAACUGGAACAACGCCAAUGAGCACAACUGCUGUGUGUAUCAUGCCAACAUCCAUUCUUGUCCCCUUGGGCUUAUGAGAGGCAGAGGGAUUUGUGGUCCAUGGAUCCCAGAUGACGGCGAAAUAGUCACUCAUACUGUUUCUAAAGCCGGCAAGAUGAGUCAGUUUCUCUGGACCUCAAAGGUGGUGCUUAUGCACUUGGGAGUCACCUCAGUCAUUGCUCAUAUUAAGGUAGGACAGAUGCAUGCUGCACUGGAAUCCAAGGUGCUUGUCGUUAGCACCCAAGUGUGCGGAGAUGACGUCUGUGAAUUAGAGGAGAGCUGUCUGACCUGCCCUGCAGACUGUGGAGUCUGUCCUAUGGCCACGUCCAUCAAGGUCGCUAUUGGACUCCCAGUUGCGCUGAUCUGUACUGGCUUUGUCUUAACUGUAGUGUGGCUGCAAUAUCAAAAGCAGAAGAUGUUUUGGGAUGAAAGUUGGAUAAUCAAUUACAAUAAUAUAAUGUUUGGCAAAGCAUGCUACAUGGGCUUCUGUAGCACAACGAGUCUACAGCCCAUAAAGAGCAGCUCCAGCAUCAGCCGAGCCACAGAUGUUACAGUAUGCACCGUUGUGAACAGCAACUUCAAGCCAGGUUUCAUUCAGCCAGGCAUCUACGAUGGAAGGACAGUGGCUGUGAAACACAUCCAGAAGAAGCACUUUACUCUCUCUAGCACAAUCCGGAAAGAAGUGAAAGAAGUAAGGGAACUAGAUCAUCCAAAUCUGGCUAAGUUCAUCGGAGGCUCCAUCGAAGUCCCGUAUAUUUGCAUCAUUACCGAAUAUUGUCCUAAAGGAAGCCUGGCUGACGUCCUUUUAAACGAAGACAUCCCUAUCAACUGGGGCUUUCGCUUAUCAUUUGCCACUGAUAUCGCCCGGGGAAUGGCUUAUCUCCACCAACACAAAAUAUUCCAUGGAAGACUUCAUUCUCGCAACUGUGUUGUUGACGAUCGCUGGGUCUGCAAAAUAUCAGACUAUGGUUUGAUGGCCUACAGAAAAGAGGACUCGGAAGCGUUAAGCAGUACUUUCCACUGUGGAGACCUGUGUCGCAUUUACUCUGCGCCUGAAGUAUUGCUGGGUAACUCCAGCACCAACACUGCUACAGCUGAUGUGUACAGCUAUUCUAUUAUCUUGGUGGAGAUAGCCACACGCAGCGAUCUUAUCUCACAGGCACAAACUGAACCUGUGAAGGUUGAUAUCAUAUGGCGUCCACCGCUUCCUGAACUGAAAGUCGGGAAAGCAGACAGCGAUUGUCCUAAUCAAGUGGAGUACUGUGAGUUGAUUAAGAAGUGCUGGUCCCAUAAUAUCACCACAAGACCAACAUUUGAGCAGGUGAAAAAGAUGCUGGAUAAAAUGAACCCACACAAAGUCAGUCCUGUUGAUAUGAUGAUGAACCUGAUGGAAAAAUACAGUAAGCAUUUGGAGGCUAUUGUUGCUGAGAGAACCCAAGAUCUUCUCCAGGAGAAACAGAAGACAGACCGCCUGCUUUAUAGCAUGCUACCUAAACCAGUGGCUGAUGACCUUAGACAAGGACGCACAGCGGAGGCACAAAGUUACGCUAGUGCUACUGUAUAUUUCAGUGACAUAGUGGGUUUUACCCAGCUCUCGGGCUCCAGCACCCCUCACCAAGUAGUCGAUUUCCUCAAUAAACUUUACACCACUUUUGACGACAUCAUUGACAACUACGACGUGUACAAAGUAGAGACUAUCGGAGAUGCUUAUAUGGUAGUAUCUGGUGUACCAAAUGAGAACGGCAUCAAUCAUGCUGGUGAAAUUGCCAGCAUGGCCUUGGAUUUAAUCAACGUUUGCCAUGCGUUUAAAAUCCCACAUAAGCCUACUACCCAGCUGAAGAUCCGAGCCGGCAUACACUCAGGGCCUGUAGUGGCUGGAGUGGUUGGCACCAAAAUGCCACGCUACUGUUUAUUUGGAGACACUGUGAACACAGCAUCCCGCAUGGAGUCUACCAGUGAAGCUUUAAAGAUUCAGUGCAGUGAAUCUACAGCUGAUCUGCUGCACACUUUAGGAGGAUAUGUUCUGGUCUGCCGCGGCACUCUGAAUGUGAAGGGCAAAGGAGACAUGACAACCUGGUGGCUGGAAACAAAAAGGGGCCCCACAGAACUACUUAAUAAUAAAGAGCCACAGAACGGGCCAGUCCCAGUUAGCAACUAAACACAAACUCGCUGUCUUGUCCUGUAUUGGUCUGAUUAUGUAAUGUAUUGUACUCUAAUCUGUAUGCAUGUGAUUUAUUAAUCCAAACUGUGAGGUGAUGUUUGUGUACUAGAAGUAUCGAUUUUGAAUAAUCACCAUGCUUUAGAUCCGUCUUUGUUGUUGUUUUGUCAAAAUGUUAUUCGAUAUGAUUUAUUUAUUUUUAAAAUUUACAUAUAAUAGUUAGCUUUUUUAAAUAUAUAUAGAAAAAAUGAGCCACAUUUCUUCAUGCCAUCAUGCAUUCAGAAUAUAUAAUAUUAUAAUAAGUAUUGUGC